UAAGCAAAGAGUCUCAGUUUUACAGAGAGCUGACUUUAUCUCAUGCACAUGGUGUUGCAGUGCUGUCCAGUCCAGUGGUGACAUUUUAGUGUGACAUAGGUUACAGAGUUACCAAAUGGGAUUUUUAAAAGGUCUGACGCUCUGCUGACUAGCAACCUUGUGUCCCUCGCAGAAAUCUUGUCAAUCGGAGAUUUUGUCACUGCUGCGUCCACGGUGCCACUCCUGUCCGCCUCCGAGGCACAGGUGGAACAGCCAUGUCCACUGGCUCCGCUGCAAGUGAUGCUGAGGACGACGAGACGUGUCACAGAGGGACUACCUCCCCUUUGCAGAGCACUGCGAGGAAAAUUACCUGCUAUAAUCCCAACCGGUAUUCGGAUGAGGACUUGGAGGAUGACGGUGCGGAGGGGAGGAACAAGCAGGAGCGCAGACUCUCCAAGGCGCACCAGAGGGAAGCGCGGCAGUCGCAGAGGAACGCGGCCAACGCCAGGGAGAGGGCGAGGAUGAGAGUGCUGAGCAAAGCCUUCUCCAGACUAAAAACCAGCCUGCCCUGGGUUCCAGCGGACACCAAACUGUCCAAAUUGGACACGCUUCGUCUCGCCUCCAGCUACAUUUCCCACCUCAGACAGCUCCUGCAGGAUGAUCGAUUCGAGAGCAGCUUUGCGCACCCAGUCAAUCUGACGUGGCCAUUUAUGAUGACUGGACGAUCAGAAGAAGACAUCUCAUCAGCUGUAAGACUUUGUGGAGCAACAGCAUAGCAACACUCUCCUCAUGAACCAGCUCUACAACUAGAAGAGAACAAAUGGCACUGAACUCUUCCUCUCCAAUGCUCAUCUUUGAAAAAAGAAACUGUCUCCUUCAGUCUUCCCAUUUCGUGUGCUAAAAAAAUGACUUUGGACUCAAAACUAUAUUGUUUUGUUGUGUGCAUGUUUGCUGAAAUCAGUAUUAUGUCACAUUUACACUGAGUGUAACUUCAUGUCUUCAUGUAUGUUUGAUUUUAAGACUGCAUAUUUGGGUUUUGUGAACUUCAGUAUUGUUCUAUGAAUUUGUGCACAGAUUGCCUUCUUGUUUUUUUUUUAUACAUAAAACUGUUGUGUGAACUCAGCAUGUGUAAACAUACAGUAGCAGUCAUAUUCAUUCAGUCCACAAAAAAACACCUCACAGCUCCAAAUACUGUCUGUUUGCUACUUUGACUUGACAAUUACAAAGAAGCAAAACAACUCUGUAUUGCAGAUAUAUUUAUUAUGUGUGUGUAUUGAAAUGUGUGCAUUUCAGAUAAAAUUGAAUUAACAAUG